AUGGAUGACGAUGACGCUGACUAUAUGCAAGGCAGCGAUGAUGAGGACUAUGGUUUCGACUACUCCGAUAAUGACGAGGCAAAUGACUCGGGGAGUGCAGAUGUCGAGAAUAUGUACUACACUGCAAAGUCGAAGAAGGAGGAUGAUCCAGAGCAAGCGUUGAAGGAGUUCAAGGUCAUAGUGGACCAGGAAACCGAGAAAGGCGACUGGGGGUUCAAAGCACUCAAACAAUCAACUAAGCUCCUCUUCCUCCAACUCCAUCGACCUGCCGAUGCUCUUAAGACAUACACGCAACUGUUCUACCAGGUGACAAAUGAGGCCUUGAAGGAGGCGAAAAAUGAGCGGCUAUCAGUGAAGACCAACCUCAAGCUUGCCAAGCUUUGGUUGGACCGGAAAGAAUAUGGCCGACUCAGCAAGCGCAUACAAGAAUUACACGCCACUACGAAGGCUGCCAUGGACAACGAGGACCAAUCCCAACGUGGUACCCAAUUACUCGAGAUAUACGCGCUCGAGAUCCAGAUGCAUAACGAGAUGCGUAAUGUCAAAAAACUUAAGGAAAUAUAUAACGCCGCCAAUAAUGUGAGAUCUGCGAUACCGCACCCUCGAAUUAUGGGGGUCAUCAAGGAAUGUGGAGGCAAGAUGUGGAUGGCCGAACGUCGAUGGAACCGUGCAUCGGAAGAUUUUUUCGAAUCUUUCCGGAAUUACGACGAAGCAGGUUCACCGCAGCGUAUCCAAGUACUGAAGUACCUUGUACUUGCGAACAUGUUGACAGGUUCAGAAGUGAAUCCCUUCGAUUCCCAGGAGACGAAGCCAUACAAGAAUGAUCCUCAAAUCAAGGCAAUGACUGAUUUAGUGGAUGCGUAUCAGCGGAGAGAGGUGCAUUCGGCAGAGAAGAUCUUAAAGGACAAUCGUUCGACGAUCAUGGACGAUGCUUUCAUCCGCUCUUACAUUGGAGAACUCCUAAAAAGCCUACGAACCCAGUACCUCAUAGACCUCAUCAAACCUUACACACGACUUGAACUCUCUUUCCUUGCCAAGCAACUCAACGUUGAAAUCGCUGAUGUUGAGGAGUUGCUCAUUGGACUUAUUCUUGAAGGUAAGGUGGAUGGUCGCAUAGACCAAGUUGGCAUGCGGUUGGAACUGGAUAGGACCCAAGCACUGGAGAAGCAACGUUACGCUGCACUACAAUCGUGGACAGAAGCACUGGAAGGUGUGCAUGCUGCUGCUGUUGCCAAGGUGGCCGGGCGAAGUACAGUUGAUCCCUUUAUGAUGGUCCCCGAAAGAUUCACAGAGUUUAGAGAAAUUACAUUCUAAGUAGCUUGCAGGUAUCUUUGAGGGUCGUGAGAUCCAUUCUCAAGGACCUGUAUCCACCGGGAACAAAAACACAGGCUGG